UUCCCAGAGUCUGGCCCAUCUUAGGUCUGGCCUUUUUCGGCUCCGCGGACAAUAUUACGGUUUUAUUAGGAGCUAUUAACUAUUGUUAAAAGAAAACUCAGAUUCUCAGUUGAUUCAGUAACUGUCAUAUUUCUUUCACUUAUUGAAACCAGAUGUUACCAGAUGAAUUUUCUGGAUAAUUGCAUCUACCUGGGGAGUAACCAACGUAAAGACAAUAAGCGUGCUCAACUACAAUGUAAGGUAGGCAAAUGGUGCUCUUCAAAGCUAAAGUAGCUCCUCAGGUAUAAUUUUCGGAGCCAUUUCUCCUUAAAAUAAAAGUGAGAAGUGUAUAAGACUCUACUAAAUAGGUAGCUUUUUUUACUGGUACUUUGCGAAAGUCAAAGUUUUCCCACCUUUGCACUGUUUGCCAUUGCGUUAAGCCAAAGAUGAAAUUAGUUUGCCCAUUUAGGAGACAACCUUUCCAUUACCGGCGUCAUUGAGUGACAAAAGUUCCAAAAAUCUUCAUUCUAAACCAGGUAGUCUGACAGUAGUAACAAUUGACCAUUAAGUUGUUCAUGUUAAUUCAUUUGUCAAUUGUUAUAAUGAUUCUGAAAAUAAAUGCAAAACAUCACGAUAAAUCAAUAUAUCUUUAUUAAAAAUGAUUAGUUAAAUAUUCAUCAAUUACAUGGAUGCUACUGAAAUGAUUGGAUUCCUUGCCGAAAUCAAAAAUUCAAACGUGUGAUCAAAAAAGAUGGAGUCACGGCUGAGUCAGAGUGUACGUUGUGAUGCGUUCACGUCAAAACAUUUCACAACAGGUCGUGAUAAGUUCAAAUAGAUACGCAGUAAGGUACACUUUGAGGAAAGAACUUGAUACAAAAGUAAAAGGUUUUAGAAUUCGUACCGUAUUUAUAAAAUUCAGGAUCACUAUUUUCUUUUUAAAAUUUUUGUUUUGUAAUAUUUAAUGGAUCACUAGUGCGACAAAAAGGGCAUAUUGAACAAGUUUUUCAACAUCAUGUCAUGAAUGUAAUUUUUUAAAUCAUUAAAAUAAAAUAUUAAAAAUGAUGUUGAUACUACUAAUUUUAAUGGCAGUAUUUCGACCAUUGACAUGUUGCUGGGAUGACUUAGAUAGUAAUUAUAAUUACAUCAAAUUCAUAACAGUUGAAGAAGGAGAUUCAUUAAAACUUGCGUGUUAUGAUAGUGGUGAUCCCCAUUUACCUAUUAAAUGGUAUAGAGAACCAACACGAAGGAAUUUCACUUUACCGAACGGUGAAUUACGUUGUGAAUGUGGCAAUGUUCUAGAGUUUCCAUCCAUCACUAAAAAUCAACGAGGGAGAUAUUUUUGUAACAUUGACAGUAUACCGCUGAGUACUUCCAGGUACAUUAAAGUUAAUGUCAAUUUUAUACCAACCAUAUUAGAAACACGUCGUAUAGAUAAUCUUGGAAGUAAAGAACUCGAGUUGGGUUGUAAUAUAGAAGCUUAUCCACCACCAGAAAUUUUGUGGACAAAGAAUAAUAUAAUUUUGUAUACGAAUAAACAACAUCGAGUAAUGACUAAUUAUGACUGCAAUGAUGUGUAUAAUUCAACUCUUAUAGUAUCAACAGAAUCUAAUUAUUAUGGUAUUUACACGUGUCGAAUUAUGAAUAAAGUCGGACAAUUAGUCAUGACUUUUGUGGUAACAACUCCAACGGUAAAAACAAAUUUGCCAUCUGCUUAUGAUGGUAGCAAAGGACCAUAGGAUUUAAGGAAAAUUAAUUAUUUGUUCUACUUCAAGAUUACUUUAAAAAUAGGUGUCUGUAGAUAUGAUGAUUUAAAUAAUUAGUAUUUGAAAUACAAAUACAAAAGUCUCAUGCAUUGUCCAGGUCAUUGUUUUAUUAUAAAUUGAGAUAAAUUAUAUUUAAAGUUCCAACAGCAUCACUCAAGUAAAGCAAUUUAAAUCUUGUGAAAUUAAUUUUAAUAUAAACUAGAAAAUCAAAAAGUAUUGCUUGAAAAAAAUCAUCAAGGAUCAGUUUCUUAUUUAGGAUAUCAUUAAAAUAUUUUCGAUGACAAAAGAGUUUCUUGAAAAACGUAAGAAGAAAGAGAAAUUCUACUUUUCAUACACACGCAAACAAUAUAACUUCAGAAUCGUGCUCUUAUAUAAAUCAUUCUCACAUCUAUUCAACUUAUUUUUGAGUUCCAAAGCUCACACCAUAAAUAUAAAUAAUACCCAAUUUACUAAUAGCGUUGAGAUUUGUGUUCUUCUCUUCAAGGUAGCAUAUAGGUUUAUAAGAGAACGACAGAAUCGGAAGAGCCAUCAGUAAUUUCUGAGUUGCAGACCAGUGUGUUUAAGCAGAAAUUCAUCGUUUUUAAUCAUGAUGUUGAUACCCUUCGGCCUCAUUGCAAUACUUUUGCCAUCAAUAUCUUGCUUACAUUCUUUAGAAGGUCCCUAUAUUUAUGACAACCAUACCGGUAUUGUGAGUGUUGAAGAAGGGAAGUCACUAAAACUUGAAUGCUAUGCUAAUGGUGAUUUACCCAUUAUCUGGCAAAGAGACCCACUUCAUGCCAGGAACAACAAUCUGUUUUUACCAAAUGGAGAAUUACACUACACUGGAAACAUUUUAGAACUUCCAUCUAUCACCAAAGAUCAACGAGGAGAAUAUGUUUGCACCACUAGGACUUCAACUGGAAGUGCUUCCAAAUUUAUUUCAGUUUACGUUAAUUUUGCUCCGAUUAUAAAGGAAGCGCAUUAUAUAAAUCAUUUUGGAAACAGAAAACUCGAAUUGCGUUGUAAUGCAGAAGCUUAUCCAUUGCCUGAUGUCGUGUGGAUCAAAGACAAUGUAACAUUGUCUACCAAUGAGCAUCAUCGGAUUAUUGCUGGUCCUGUAUUCGUGGAUAAAUUUAAUACUAGCCUUAUAAUAUCAACAGAGUCGGAUUAUAUUGGUACUUAUGAGUGCCAAAUUGACAAUUAUCUUGGAAGUUCAACCAUGACUUUUGAAGUUACAGCUCCAUCUUUAAAAAGUUCAAACUAGAUGAUAUUUAAUUAGAAUCUACGGAAAACUGAAGCUCUUUAAUUCAAGACUAUCUUAAAAUAGAAAUAGAUAUUAAUAUUUCAGCGGUCAUUAUAUUUAAAAAUAAUAUCUUUAUAUCAAAAGAUUUAGAUGUUUUGCGUCGCAUAUCAUGAUAAAAAAAAUAGUUUUGAAAAAACUAAAAUAUAUUUCAUGUAUUGAUCAUCAAUAAAAAAGAAAUGGUAUUUAUUGUGGGUUAUUAAAAACAAAUCACCAUAAAUAAAACUAACUUUAAAUUACUAGACGACUUAUUUCGAAGGUGAAUGUUAACAGAUGUGAAAAUUUGGUCGAAUCACCCAAGUAGUGAACAAAGAGUGUCAUGAUCUGAGUCUUGUGAAAUUAACUUCAAUAUGUAUUGUCAAGUCAAAAAUUAUUAAAUCUUAUUUGUUUAGAAAUUUAUGCAAAUAACUUAAGCUCUUUUUCAAUGGAUUGCCCGGACGUUUUUCUUUUCUUUCCCACUUUGCUGUGUCUAUUCAUUCAAAACUCUUGGAAAAUACAUAUGAUAGAAACUAUUGGUCGUCUACACAUAAAUUAUUUAUUAAUGUAGCAUAUGAGUUUAUAAAAGAACUACGGAAUAGAAAAAGCCAUCAGUAAUUUUUGAAUCACAGACCAGUGAUGUGUUUGAACAAAAAUUCAUUAUUAUCAAACAUGAUGUUGAUAUAUUUUAGCUUCAUUGCAGUGUUUUUACCAUCAAUUUCUUGUUUAAAGGGUCCAUAUAUUUAUGACAAUUCUACCAUUGGUGUGGUAGUUCAAGAAGGAGAUUCACCAAAACUUGAGUGUUAUGCUAAUGAUAAUUUAUCUAUUAAAUGGCAUAGAGAUCCAUCACAUGGAAAUAAACAAAAUCUUCUUCUACCAAAUGGAAACUUAAGCUGUGAAUGUGGUAAUAUUCUGGAAAUUCCAUCUAUCACCAAAGCUCAACGUGGAAGAUAUGUUUGUAGUGCUGAGAAUAGUCAAGGAAGUGCUGUUAGAUACAUGAAUGUUGUGGUAGAAUUUGCACCAGUUAUGGUAGAAACACAUCGCAUUGAUCGUAUUGAACAAAAAGAAAUUGAAUUAUAUUGUGAAGUGAUUUCUUAUCCACCACCUGCACUUGUGUGGACUAAAAACAAUGUACAAUUGUAUGCAAGUCGGCAUUAUAGAGUAAUUACUCAUCCUACUGAAUUAGAUGAUGAAAGUAAGACUACUCUCAUAAUAUCAACAGAAUCUGAUUAUAAUGGUACUUAUGCGUGUCGAAUUGCAAAUAAACUUGGAGUUUUAGCUAUGACUUUUGAAGUAACAGCUCCAGCUAUCAAAAGAAUACUUGUUCCUGAGGCAGUCGAAUGAAUUAAUGAAAAACUGUUUUUUUUACUUUAAGAUAAUUUAAAAAAAAAAGUGUGUUCUACAAUUG